AUGGCGUACCCGAGUUCCUCUUCAAGCCACCAAGCUUCUACUGAGAUGCAGCCUGAGGUGGACCGCGCAUUGGCUGGGUCGUACAUCCACCUGAUUCCUGGCCAACUCACCCAUCCUUCCCUCCCAAAGCCAACCAUUUUUCCUUUUCCCCCACGUUCACCCUCUCAUGCAGUCCAACGGAGAAUGUGUUCGCUACCCAGCCAUCCAUAUAACAACGUUGUAGAAGAUUCCCUUUACGAUUCCUCUGAUGACGAAGACCAGCCCAUUCACCCUCUCGCACUCGCAGGUGCCAAGUCCAGGAAAAAGGCGUACAAUCAAUGGGGAGCGGCGUACAUGGAUUAUGUUGUGUGGUUCCAACUUGAGAGCUUGCCAAUAGCAACGGCGGGGUGGACUGGCCAGUGGUGGCAUGUAGUUCAGAACCGACUUCCUCAAGGCGCUACAGUGGCUCCCACUAGGUUGACUUCAUCCUUCCUUGAAAAACUCAGCACCUCAGGUUGGCCUCGGUCAUGGGAAGUUGAUUUCUCCAUUUCGGAAACUAUCGGGUCUGCAGUUUUACAAUGCAACCAUCAUGUUCUCCGCUCUCCUUGUCCACCCACCUUCCUGCUCGACCCAGGUGGGAGCGAUAAUGAAUUGAGGGAUCAAGUCCCUGCUCAGCCUAAGGCUGGAAGACACGAGAUAGCGAAAACGAGAAGGCACUAUGGCAGAGGCACAACCACGAGCAGGGAUGAGAGGGUUGGCGACAUCAUGAAUGUACCUAACCGCAACACUAACCUAACUGCGGUUAGGCGUUCUUGGGCUCGAUUUAAAGCUAGAAUAUGCAGAAAUAAUAUCUAUCAAGAUACAUAUGAGCAUAUUUGCCUUGUUAUAACCGAUUCUUUAUUUUUCGGUCCUAACCAAUGCAAGCCAUCUGAUCAGGCAUGUGUCCUGAUCACAUAUCUCUCUGUUGACAAGAUAUGCAGAGACUGCAUGUCAAAGGUGGAGCAACGUGGCAGGAUCCAACAUCUAUUCCAUGAGUCCAUGCGAAUUCUACUUGAACCCUUGAAGGAUGCUGCAAAUAACAGAGUGGAGAUGCUUUGCGCUGAUGGUUAUGUCCAAAAAAUCUUCCCCGUCCUAUCCAGCUAUGUCGCUGACCACCCUGAGCAUUGCCUGGUGUCUUGCAGCAAAUACGGCACAUGUCCCAAAUGCCAAUGCCCUGCAAACAAUCUUCAAAGUCCUGACAAAUACCCAGACUGCACUCAAUUAUGGACAGAGAAGAUCAUCAAAAACACCAAGGCUAAUGCUUGCCAACUGUCAGACUUCUACAAUGAUUGCAGGGCUCAAGACAUUUCAGGUGGCGUGUAUGUUCCUUUCUGGAGUGGGUUUCCUCACACAGACAUUCGCCACAUCAUCACUCCCAACAUCCUACAUCAGCUUUACCAGGGAGUCUUCAAGCAUAUCGUCAAUUGGUGCAAGCAGGCUAUGUCACCCAAGGAGCUUGAUUGA